AAAAAUUGCUAGUUUCAUGGUCAAUUGCCAAAACCCUUCCCUGUGGCCGUGACGAUUGAAUUUUUAUGGAAUUUUUAGACAACGACAAAGAAAAGUCCACUUUAUUCGUACGUUCGUAAUACAUAGUUUUUGUAUAACGGUGUCAAAGUUACUCCAACUCAAAAGUAGAAAAAUCUCAUUGUGUUAUAACUUAGGUAUUGAAAAUCAAAAUGUCAACUCCAGCAAGAAGACGCCUGAUGAGGGAUUUUAAACGCUUACAAGAGGAUCCACCUACAGGUGUGUCAGGAGCUCCAACUGAUAACAAUAUUAUGAUCUGGAAUGCUGUGAUAUUUGGCCCUCAUGAUACUCCAUUUGAAGAUGGAACAUUCAAACUCACAAUAGAAUUUACAGAAGAAUAUCCAAAUAAACCCCCAACAGUACGAUUUGUAUCAAAAAUGUUUCAUCCAAAUGUUUACGCCGAUGGUGGAAUCUGCCUAGAUAUCCUGCAAAACAGAUGGAGUCCUACUUAUGAUGUUUCAGCUAUACUUACUUCUAUACAGUCAUUAUUAAGUGAUCCCAACCCAAACUCUCCAGCAAAUUCGAUGGCCGCACAGCUUUACAAGGAGAAUCGACGAGAAUACGAAAAGAGAGUGAAAGCGUGUGUAGAACAAUCAUUUAUUGAUUAGCAGGGGACACUACUGACUUUAUUUGUCAGCGUCACAUCAACAGUGUUGCCGAGGAAACCGGCGUAUACAUGCAUUCAUUGGAAUGAGAGUGUAAAUUGUAAAUUUUAUUACUUGCAUACUUGUUUGGACAUUUUCAGUCAAAAUUUAUAGCAAAUAAAUGUUUUCGUUUUGUUCAUAUUAAAUUUAUUAGUGAGAGUCAAUGCAAUUGGUGUAAAUCCAAAUUGGGUUUAUAAACCAAAUAUUAUCCAAUGGCAAUAACUUGAAAACAUUAUUUAAAAUAUACCAAGUUAUGUAUUAUAAAUAAAAACUACAAUAAUAUGUACAAUGAAUAAAUCUUUCAUUAAAUCACAUAUUUUCACAUUACAGGAAAACACUGUACAUAUUAUUAAAUAGUUAGAACGCGAUUUUUCUAGUUUAUCCUAAAACUAGUUUUAACCAAUAAUUACUUCAUAAAACAGUAAAUUGUGCAUGUAAUAAAGAAUUUAAGUUAAAACUAGUUUUAACUAGACAAAACAGAUAACACUAACUUUAUACCUACUAAAAAUCAUCAAAUCAUUGUGGUAUCGUAGAUUUUACCCUUGCACUAUAGUAAAUUGUGCUUAAUGAAACUAUAGCUUUUUGGGGAAUUCGUUCAAGCGUUUGAGAUUAUUUUUUUAGUUAAAUAAUUUCAAUAAUGCUGCAAACAAAUUUGGACUACAUAACUUUAAGAUUAAAUAUUAUUACGAUUUUUGGAUUUCAGUAAUAUGGCUUAGCAGAAAUAACCCAUAUUUUGAAAUGUGUAAAUGAUUACCAUAGUGUGUCUACUUAAAAUAUAAUGAAUAGUACAAGGUAAUUUCUUUCAUUUAUUAAAUUCAUAACUCUGAUAAAACAUUCAUAAUCCCAAAGCGUCUUGUUUUGUUUAAAGUGUUUUGUAUUAUAAUGCAAGAAAUUUAAAUCCUUUUAUAUUUAAAAAAUAGGUACAUUGUACAUGUAUUAUUGAAUUUUCAUCUUCUACAUAGUAAAAUAUUAUUUUCAGUUUAA